CACAGAGUGGUUCGAAUUCGUUUACCAUUCCGGAUCCGGAUCGAAUUAAGGAUUUAGAAAUGAUGGUUUUUGAGGUGAGGGGAAAACCGGAGUAUCCGGAGAAAAACCUUUUGGAGCAAGGGUGAGAAUCAGCAACAAACUGGAUUCACGUAUGUCGUCGCCCCUGGAAUUCGACACCGGCCCAUAAUGAUGGGAGACAAAUGCUCCUACCAAAGCCCCAUCUCGCUAAAAAUUAAUACCGAACUAUCUCUCUGAACUUUAAGUGUAUGCCUUUGUUUUUCUGUGACCAGAUAAGAAAUGGUCGCAACUUUAAAGGGUUUGGUUCGACUUUUUCCUAAUGCAAUUCUUGUGUUGUGAAAAGUUUACAUAAACUGAUUAUAUUCAUGUUGUUUUCCUUUCCUUUAAGAGAAUCGCUUGAUUUAUUGAUAAGAGGUCUUUAAGUAAAAGAAAUUGAACUAUAAGGGAUAAAAAAGUGGGUUCAAUUUCAGUUUAGGUAUGGACCAAAUUAAAACGUAAAACUCACUUUGACAUAGACUGUGGGCACUCAGUUUGUGAUAUAUAAUUGAUAUUAUUUAUUAUCUAGGAAGUUGCGGAAACAAGCAACUUGCUGGGGACAAAUGCUGAGCCUUGCACUGUUGACAUGAUGCAACAAGAGGAAGCUGAUUUUGAAAGUGAGGAUGAUUGCAAAGUACCCUUGAUCGUAUUUUCGCCACCAAAUCACGCAGAGGUAAAUAGUUUUUUUUUAAGUUAAGGACAAAACAGAAGUAGCUUCCCUCCUCCUCGAAGAAUCCGUAAAAUGUUCAACGCACUUACAAAAUUAGCUUUGAGUUAAUGAUUUUGAUUAAGCAGUGCAGCAUACAAAAUUAUCAUUUUUCAGUGCUAAGAAACCCGAACUGGGGAGUGUUUGGUAGCUACUCGUAAUGAAAUCUGGAAGAUGCAUGUUAAGGGUAGUGUUUCACUUAUAAAUAUCCUCACUAAAUUAAUUUUCCCUUUAUCAUCUUAUAUAUAAUUAUCACCAGCCGAAGAUCAAGAGCAAAUCGGAACUUUGUAGCACUUGAAUACACCAUACCGGAUCGGUCCAAAUGAAGUGGCUAUUCAUUUUAUCAUUUAUUUUAGUAAUUUCGUUGUGAAGAAUAAUAAGGGAGAAAGAAGAGGGAGCUAAUAGGAAGGCGGGGGAGAGGUGGGGGUAAUUAUUUUGCUCCCUGUAUACUUGGGAGGCUUAUAAGACUAGAGGAACUCAAUCGAGGAUUUACGGUGAAUUAUCACGUGAAUUAUGUAGGAUACACAACGAGUUGAAGACAGACCAAAUAACUUCGAAGCAAGUAGGGGACCUUCAAGCACUCCCGACGGCAAGAAAGAGCAAGGAGAACAAAGUGAUUUUAACGAUGACGAUCAAUGCAAAAUCCCAAUGACAGUGUUUUGGUCGUCGAUCCAGGAAGAGAAUGCUGCACCAAAAACAGAUGAGAAAGAGUGUGAUAACAAGUGUGAGACAUUUCAUCCAACUGACGCGAUGUCCUUUGCAUGGCAGAUAGCACGAGGAAUGGUGGGCUUAUUUAGAUUUUUUUGUGUGUCUCUUGGAAACCAUGACCGGUUACAGUGUAGCCGUCCGUAGAAGUUCUGAUUUUACAUCUGGUGUAAAGUUUUAAUUUAAAGAUGAAUUUAACGAGAAUAAGUACACGUUACAGAAAAUGAAAAGAUUUCGGCACCAGAUAAAACUAGAUUUCAUUAUCUGUUUGUUUGUGCGAUGUUUACAUGGAUAUAAAAAUGGGUAUUUUCAUCUUCUUUUUCUUUUGUUUUUUUUUUCCCUUUUUAGAGCCAAUUCUUCAAAACCUUUACUUACUAAACUUAAUUACUAGCAAACUUAUAUGUUAAUUUCUUAUCUCAUUCACUUAACUGGCUUUACACUUUUCAGAGCUACCUCUCUGAGAAGGGCCUAGUUCACAGGGAUCUUGCUGCAAGAAACAUUCUUGUUGGGCACGGUAAAAAACUCAAGAUUGGAGACUUUGGUUUGAUGCGAGAAACGUAUCAUGAGCUGUAUGAAGUUAAGAAGCAAAAGAAACUGCCCAUCAAGUGGCUGGCACCGGAGGCGAUUUAUGAACAGAUCUUCACCUCCAAAAGCGACGUGUAUGUGCUAUUUUUGACAUAUAAUACAGCAGAGUAUAACACCGAUUGAACGUGUGCAAGAAACCUUAAAAUUCCGUUAAUUUGAGUAUGCGUCGCUGCUUGAGGCUUUUUAUGUGUGUAUGGUAUAAACAUAAUUUAGGCGUCUUAAGAGUUCUUUCACCAGUAAUGAUUACUUUCUAAAAUGUUACAAAACAUUUCUUUCAUUGUAAAAUUUUGUCAAGAUCAACCCGUUACGUUUUCAUUCGAUUUCAUUCCCUCCAGACAAAAUUUAAACAAAAUAAAACUAUCGUCAUUAAAUGUAGGCCAUGAUUUGUCCUAAACUAUAUACAGCAGCAAUACAGGCAACUUUUUAGGGUUAUUUAUGUUGUUUUGUUUUAUCUUUUUUUUAAUUUAUUUUAGGUGGUCAUAUGGAAUCGUUAUGUGGGAAAUUGCAACAUUAGGUAAAAUUCCAACUUCUACCUACUUUAUCGCCUGCGUAGCUUUUUCUUUAGAAAGGAAGGGAGGUGGUUGGGGACCGUUUUUGCCCCAUUCUCCUCGUGCUUUAUACCCUCCUUUGCUCUACCCAACAACUACAACCGCUCAAGUGUAUCAUCAAACAAGAAAAUAGUAAGUACAGUGUUUUCACAUUGAACUUAAUUCAUGAAUUGUCCUGUAACCCAGGCCAGGAUGGUUGAGUUCAAUCGUGCAACGAUAAAAAAGCGUAUUGGACCAAUAAACUACAACCGCUGAAGGACUGGCGAGUUUUUUAAAGAAAUUCUACCUGAAGGUGGCUGGUAAGGAAACUGAACAGGUUCCUUCAUUAUUCAUAAACUUACAGUUAAAUUUACUGACUUUUAAAGAGGAAAGUUCUGUAACUUUUGUAAGCCUAAGGCAAGCAUCGUAAUCGUCCAUUAAAGCGGCAGAAUAGUCUCUAUCAGUAUCUAAUAAUCAGUUUAGUCCUUGGAUCUCUGCUUAUUCAUUAAAAGUAUAAUCAUAAUCGAGAGACCCUUUUCAAUUUUCUUGCAGGAGGUUCACCUUAUCCACUGCUAAACAACGCUGAGGUCAUGAGUCUCCUCAAAACGGGGCACCGAUUGGAAAAACCUGACUUGUGCUCGGACAACUUGUAAGCCAUUAGAAUUUCUAGGCAUAAUAUUAUUAACUAUUAACAAAAAAAUAUUAUUCUUUGAAAAUAUUUUUCCGUUUAUGACGGCAUAAUUUUCCCAGCUGACCAAGAACCUAACAAAAUAGAUUUCAUCAGAAAAGGUCCCUUUAACCCUCUCUCAGUUCACUGCCGAUUGUCGAAAAUUAAAUAAAUUCACAGUUUGGACAAAAAAAAAAUUGGGCUAGAAAAGGGGAGCAGGUUUGCUAAAUAGAAUGGAUUGUCACUCAAUAAAAAAAAAUAAAUAAACACCCUGCGUUUAGUAUCCAUCCCAUUCUUGUUCAUCUGAGGGUUAAAAAAAUCACGGUGUUUUUGUUAUUUGUUAGUUACGCCUUUAUGAUGGAAUGCUGGAAACAGAACCCGGAUGAACGACCAAGUUUUCAGGAGCUGGUUGAAAGGCUGGAAAGAACCAUGACUGAGCAAGUAGAAUACCUUGAUCUAAAACAGUUGGACGAGACCAAAACGUACUAUCAAGUGCAAGAGUCCAAAACGGGCGAAAUAGGUGGCGACAGCGAACUCGGCAUGCACAGAGCUGUUUCUUUGAUUUCAAUCGCCGUUUAG